AUGGAAUGGUCGUCGAGCCUGCUAUGGUUCAUCGAUUUGGCAAUCAACGAGAAAUGGCCAUUGUGCGGCGGAUUGAACGACGAAUCAAGCACCAGAAUCUGUUUGGUCAAUGGGAGAAUGAACUGGUUGGCUGGUGCUGUGUACACCAACUUGAAAGAGUUGUGUCCCGCAGACAGAAUCGACUGCAACUGGGAAGUUAAAGAAGACAUGAUAAUUUAA